AUGAAGCUAAUUUCAGCAGCUUUAGUAGCUGCGUUAUAUUGUGCUCCUGUUCAAAAUCGAAGAACUCAGUUUGGCGAAGGGCAGCAGGUCCCUUCUAACGUCGAGCAUUUGAGAGAGCCGAUAAGCGCCUUUAUCGAAGAGUACAUUCAGGUGAGGCCCGGGUCAGAAUGGUUGAGAAAUUGUAUCUCUGGAACUGGAAACUGCGAUUUUUUGAAGAACUCGCAAGCGGACCCCAUUCGAUCUUCAGUCGAAUCGCUCCAAAAUAACCAAAAUCAAGAAAGAGCGACUGAUAACUCGAUGAGAUCUGUGAUGCCAAGUCCACCAGAAGAUGAACCAGCCGUAGCUAAAUCUACUGAGAAUGAAGUUCGUCAGUACGUACGAGAAUACCUUCAAAAUACAAGACAGUAA